GGUGGGGAACUCCAUCAGUGUGACGUCAGAGAGAGAGCGCGAGAGAGAGAGCGAGCGAGCGAGCGAGCGAGAGAGGCGGAUCUGGAUCUGAAGCGGCCCAGGACGUCCAGCAGCUCCUCCAGCAGCGUGUCUGUCUGUCUGUCUGAGCAAACAUGAAACAUGGAUGAGGAGGUCGCAGAAAGUUGGGAGGAAGCUGCUGAUAGUGGGGAAAUGGAAAAAACGGUUAGAAGAGAAGCUAAGGAUCAGCCAGAAAGAAAAGGAGGCCAGUAAUAAUUCUUCACGAUCCCCAUUAAGGACAACCAUGGUGAUACAGGACGACUCCCUACCAGCAGCACCCCCACCUCAGAUACGCAUUUUGAAGCGGCCUUCAAGCAACGGGUCACUGGGAUCACCCUCGAAUCAGAACAGGCCUACGCCACAGGUCAAGUCUCUGGCCCAGCGCGAGGCAGAGUACGCCGAGGCCAGAAAGAGAAUACUUGGCAGCGCCUGCCCAGAGGAGACGCCUCAGGACAAACCCAACACUGACAGGGCGCAAUAACUCUACACUGCCUUCAGAAGACACCCGAUCAAACAAUCAUACUGUCCGACAGCCAGCCGGCCCAGACGGCACCCAAGGGUUCCAACAGCACAGAUAAGUGGGCCCUGGGGCCACCCAGCCAUCGAGGGGAGAGAGGUCGAGGGCCACCUGAGAGCAAAGACAGCACUCUAUUCUUAAAACUUCCUUCCUUCAGUUCCAUUAUAUUAGAUGGGCUGCGAGUACAGCAACUCUUCCCACUAGCAGUCGUGUGGAACUGAGCGGGAGCGAGGAACUCCAGGAGGAAGUCAAAUGGAAAUGUGCACUCUUCUCUCCCCACUCCAGUCUGUUUGACACUGUGAUUAUGGACAUCUUCUGGACUCACUGUGAUUAUCCCUUUAAAAGACGCCCCUCACCUCCACCUCGCUUCUCCGUCUCAGGACGCCUGCAAAGGCCGGAGCAAAGACUUAAACAAAGAAUGGCAGAGAGAGAGGAGGAGAAGUGACGGGCCAUAGCAAAAUGAGAUGAGCUGGUCCUCGGGCAGCAGCUUCUCCCCAGUAAUAAUACCAGAGGUCACUUCUCACACCUUUUUACAUACAUGUUUUUAAUUUGCAGAUGUUUGCUCACAUUUUUAUCUUUUUGUUUUUCUCGCUUGUCUUUAAUUUUCUAUACUAGGGAUGCUCUGAUAUCUACAGACUUACUUCACAUUAUACAUACACCACCAAGAACCUGUUUGUUAAAACACACGAACAGGUUUGAACAGUAUUUAUAAAAUAGGAAGAAUUCACAUUUUUUCACCUUGGUUUGGUGGUAAAUUAGUCUCACUGUUUUGUCCUUAAACACAGACACUCUGGGCUGCAACUUGUGGUGUCAGAUCUCCCACAGUAAACUCACCACUAAAGCAGAGUACUUGAACUGGUACCUGCCCAGUAACUCAGCUGUCGACAUUAUCAGUGCACCUCUAAUAUGUAAAUUGCCAUUUGUUUUUAAAAACUUGAGGGUAAGGGUCAUGUGUGUCAAGUUGUUUAUCUGACGAGUUCUGUUUACGGUUUGUCUCUUUUGUUUUUUAAUUGAGCUUUUCAGCUGUCUUCCUUGGACUGUCACAUCAUUAUUUCUAUUUAAAAGUAAAAGCAAAAAAAAAAGACAGGAAAAGGAGAAUAUGGAUUUAAGUCCGUUUUUAAGUAGCUUUUCUGCCUUUUUGUAUGAGAUGGUGGUAGCGAUGUCAGAACAGUAUUUUAAUCAAAAUGAACCAAAAUCCCAUUUUAAAAUCAACCUGUAUAUACUGUAUACUGUGUAUCAGUGAACUCAGAUGUCAUUAUUUGAAGGUGGUGUUGGCAGCAACUCAAGAGAGGGUCAGAUGGGGGAAUGAAUUUACUGCUGUACUUCACAAGCCUGUCCGUCAUAUCUCCACCUCGUCAGCUUCGUGCUCGUUUCUUCGUGUCCUUCGCUGACGUACGGUACGCAGGAACUCAGGUGCAAGUGAACGAGACUGAAUGAAUGAAAUGAACUAAGAUUGUAUUUUUCCAGCGGGUUCGAUUGAUCAAACAGCGAAUGUCCGUAUUAACGCUCGGGUUGUUAGAAACUGCUACACAGAUGUCCUCGUCCCAAGAUGAAUGAAUGCCAUUUUUUUUUUUUUUAUCUUGUCUGACUGUUGGCAUCUUGGUCACAUCAGAAACAGUAACAUCACCCCAUGUGAUUGUUCAGAAACUGAUGGUCGUCAUGGAGACGCAGCUGUCUGUGAACCAGGACCAUUGUGCCCAACAGAUGUUCUUUAUUUGUUCAGAGAAGAGAUCUCAAUAAAGCCAUAUUCAGUGGUGCACAUCAUCAAUAGAAACGUUGUAAUGGUGGAAUUCAGCUUGUGCCUCCUGUAUCACAUCUCUGCUUCCUGGUUGUUGAUUUUGUUACUGUAGUUCAAGAAACUGAAUAUAUCCGAACGAGAAUUCACAAUACUGGUAAGAGAUUUUAAUUGAGGAAAUAAAGCAGCAGAGCAGGAGACAGACGGGUUCAGCUGAGCUCUUGAGUGAGAACACAAACUGCCUGUAAAUACUGAUUUAAUAAAAUGAUUUGCAAAAAAA